AUGAGUGAUUUAGGAUAAUUAAAUUUAAAAUUAGAUUUAAAAUUAAUUAAAAUACAAUCAAUGCCUGCCAAAAAGAGAAGUGUGAGAAUUGGUAAUUGGUACAAAAGUGAUGAUGAGAAAGUCCAUUUCGUUAGAAAGAGAAAAGCUCCAAGACCAGCUACAUUGAGAAAGAUUGUCCCCGGAUAAGUGUUAAUCUUGUUGUCUGGAAGAUUCCAAGGAAAGAGAGUUGUAUUCUUGAAGUAGCUCAAAUCUGGAUUGUUGCUUGUAACAGGUCCUUUCAAAAUUAAUGGUGUCCCUCUCAAGAGAGUCAACUCCGCUUAUGUCAUCCCAACAUCCACUAAAGUUGAUGUGACUGGAGUUAAUGCCAACUAAAUUAAUGAUGAUUAUUUCAAGAGAACUUAAGCUUAAAGACGUAAGAAUGAAUAAGGAUUUUGGGCAAAGAGAGGAGAACUCACAGUUGAAUAAUAAACAGCAGAAAAAACAAGAUUGGAUGGAAAGAGAAAUACACAAAAAUCAGUUGAUGCUGCAUUGAUCACUGCAAUUAAGAAAACAUAAUUAUUGAAAUAAUAUCUCGGUGCUCGUUUCACCAUUGGAAAAACCACAAGACCUCACGAGUUAGUCUUUUGAUCAUUACCAAGAUAUUAUCGUACAAUAAUAAAUAUUAUAAAUCAAUAUAUUAAA